AUGGUGCUGGAGACCAGUGCUGAAGCCGUCACCGCGCAGGCCUUCGAUCCGCACAACAGCUGUGCGCGCGCCUCCCAGCCGCUGCCCGUGCCAACGGCCCCCGAGCUCUCCCCGUCCAACCAGGGUGCCACCAAGUACGGAGAGGUCAUCGUCUUGGGGUACAACGGGUCGCUGGGGAGCGGUGACAGAGGGCGGCGGCGGAGUCGGCUGGCCCUGUACAAGCGACCGAACCCAAACGGCGUCAAGCCCGAUGUGGUUCAUAUUACGUCAACGCCCCUGGCCUCCAAGGCACUGACCAACGCGGGGCAGCACAGCGUGUCGUACACGCUCUCCCGGAGCCAGUCCAUCAUCGUGGAGUACAGUCACGACUGCAACACGGACAUGUUCCAGAUCGGCCGCUCUACGGAGACGCUGAUCGACUUUGUGGUCACGGACACGGCCCCAGGCUCCCAGGGGGGCGGCGGCGAGCCGCAGACGCUUCAGAGUACCAUCUCCCGGUUCGCCUGCCGCAUCACCUGCGACCGGAGCCCGCCCUACACCGCCCGCGUCUACGCUGCCGGCUUCGACUCCUCCAAUAACAUCUUCCUCGGGGAAAGGGCGGCCAAGUGGAGGACCACUGACGGCCUGAUGGACGGCCUGACCACCAACGGUGUCCUGGUCAUGCACCCGGCGCGCGGCUUCUCCGAGGACUCGGCGCCCGGCACCUGGCGGGAGAUCUCCGUCUGCGGGAAGGUGUACGCCCUGCGGGAGACGCGGUCGGCGCAGCAGAGGGGCAGGCUGGUGGAGAACGAAUCCAAUGUCCUGCAGGAUGGGUCUCUGAUCGACCUGUGUGGGGCGACGCUGCUCUGGCGCAGUACCCAGGGCCUGGAGCGCGCCCCCACGCUGAAGCACCUGGAGGCGCUGCGCCAGGAGGUGAACGCCGCCCGCCCCCAGUGCCCGGUGGGCUUCCGCACGCUGGCCUUCCCCAGCCUGGCCCGCCGGGAGGUGAUCGAGAAGCAGCAGCCGUGGGUCUACAUCAGCUGCGGCCACGUCCACGGCUACCACGGCUGGGGCUGCCGCAAGGAGGCGGGCGGGGGCGCCGAGGAGCGCGAAUGCCCGCUGUGCCGGCGGGUAGGCCCCUAUGUGCCGCUCUGGAUGGGCAGCGAGGCGGCCUCCUACCUCGACGCCGGGCCCCCCAGCCACGCCUUCUGCCCCUGCGGCCACGUCUGCUCGGCCGGCACGGUCAAGUAUUGGUCGCGGAUCCCGCUCCCGCACGGCACGCACGCCUUCCACGCCGCCUGCCCCUUCUGUGGCACCUGGCUGACCGGGGAGAAAGGCUACGUCAAGCUGAUCUACCAGGGGCCGCUGGACUGAAUGGAAUGGGGCAGCCACCACCCUCCUAGACCUGCCUCAUUCUCCCCCCCCCCCGCCCCACCUCUCCAGGUUAACCACGAUUAUGCAAACCCACCUGUCGUUUUCUAAAAAAAAAUAAAAGUGUAUCUAAC